GGCAUCUCAGUCUGUGACCUGACAUGCAGCCCAUGUUCUGGCUAUGUCUCAGCCCUCACAGGUGUGCAAGCCAGCCCUGCCAAGAUUGCUUUUCUACUUGCUGCUGUGGGGCUCUCAGCCCAUGUGAAGACACUGCAAAAGUCCUCUUGUGCCCGGGACAGCCUCAAGAGCUUGACAGGGAACUGAACACACAUGAGGCAGGGCCUGGGGGCUGCUCCUGGGCCGGCAUCAAGGCCCAACUGGACCCUGGUGACGGAGUUUGUGCUGCAGGGCUUCUCCGAGCAUCCUGGGCUGUGGCUGCCCCUUCUCAUCUGCCUCCUCUCCCUUUACACCAUGGCACUUGUGGGCAACACCAUGAUCAUCUCCGUGGUCAGCUGCAGCGCUAGCCUCCACAGCCCCAUGUACUUUUUCCUGUGCAACCUGGCCACCAUGGACAUUGUCUGCACCUCGUGCGUGCUGCCCAAGGCACUAGUGGGCCUGGUGUCUGAGGAGAACACCAUCUCCUUCCUGGGAUGCACGGCCCAGCUCUUCUUCCUUGUCUGGUCUGCAUCUUCCGAGCUGUUGCUGCUCACAGUCAUGGCCUAUGACCGCUGUGUGGCCAUCUGCCACCCACUGCACUACAGCUCCAGGAUGAGCCCAUGGCUGUGCAGGGCACUGGCCAUGGCCGUGUGGGUCGUCUGUGCUGUCAAUGCUUCGGUGCACACUGGGCUGAUGAUGCGGCUGCCCUUCUGUGGUCCGAACAUCAUCACACACUUCUUCUGUGAGAUCCCCCCACUCCUGCUGCUCUCCUGCAGCUCCACGCGUGUGAACAGCAUCAUGACUGUCUUGGCUGAUGUCUUCUAUGGGGUCAUUGACUUCCUGCUCACCCUGUUGUCAUACGGCUUCAUCAUCACCAGCAUCCUGCGUAUCCGCUCAGCGGAGGGCAAGCGGAGGGCCUUCUCCACCUGCUCCUCCCACCUCGUGGUGGUCUCUGUGUACUAUUCAGCCGUGCUCUGUGCCUACAUCAGCCCUGCCUCCAGCUACAGCCCCGAGAGAAGCAAGGUGUCCGGCAUGCUGUACACAGCACUCAGCCCCACCCUGAACCCCCUCAUUUACUCUAUAAGGAAUGCAGAGGUUAAGCAUGCCCUGGGAAGACUUGUCCCCCUCUUCAGGGUUAGGGUGAUGCACAGGCCCUUCGUCCAGCCUGGGAGCCCUGCACCUGCCUCCCUGAGACCAGGCAUGUAGAAGUAGGACCUGGCUAUCACCCUCUCUGUGCAAUUUAUCUUGAGUGUGGGUGUGACUGUGCCCAAGCUGCGCAGCCCUGGGUGCCCAAUAAAGGCCUUGGUCCUGGCAGGUGUGCCUCACGCCUCCCAGUGAAUUGUCAUCACCAUGGGUGACUCUCACAGACCUUACCUUAAGAUUUCCCCAGGCCUUUCUCCACCCAGCUCUUCCUCAGCUGUUAGGGAGCUCCCACGCACCCCUGGCUCCAGCUGCCAGGGCUGCCAGUGUGUGCGCACCUCGCCAACCCCACAACACUCACCUGGGGUGAUCUGUGCCUGCAGCCCCUCCCUCAGUACUAGGACCACCUGUCAUUCAAGCAGCUCACAUGCCACUUUCCUCACAGGCCUCCUUCAUCUUCCAGCCAAAAUAGCUCCUCCUCUGCCUCCUGCAGCUGGUUACCCGGGCCUCACAUGGCCUCUCCCCCAUCCACCUGGGCCUCAUUCAGAUUCGAAGUGUCAAUCCACAUGAGAACUUGUCUCUGCCCCACAUCACUUCGUGCUCCUGCCAUCCUUGUCCCACAUUGGUGCUCCACAGAGUGUAAUGGGCCCUAGUUACUGUUCGUCUCUCCUCCUAGAGAUGUUGAAGAGGGCAUGGGAGCCAUCACCACUGUCUGUGGUCUUAUAUCUCAUGAGCGGGCCAAACUCACAGGCCUAUCUGCUCAGGCCUGGGGUGCCUCUGGCUGGCUUGGCAGGGCAGUGUCUGGGGUGUCACUCUGGGUGUUGGGGUGGGCCAGAGUCAGAACUGCUUCAGGGAACCCUGCUGGCUUUCAUGGGUGGAGUGUCUUCCCCAUCAUGGGCUGUCCUUCACCAAGGUCAGACGUCAAGAGUGACCACAAUCCUGUUUCAGCGUCAUCAUCAAACUCCAAGUCCAGUGUCCCUCACUCAGUGGGAAGUGCCUGGGAGACCCUCAUCUGGGCUGUACCUGUCCCACACCUUCCAGGGGGAAAGCAUCGUUGUCCUGAAAUGGCCUUCCACCUACUUACUCAUCUGGGAACUUGCCCAGAGUCCCUCAGGGCACAGAUGCUCAGCUUGUCCUCAGAGCUGCACAGAAAUGUCCCAACUGCACACAUUGCAACUGCUUCCCUUUAGACCAAAGAUCAACGCAGCCCUUGGCUUCAGGAGCACUUGUUUCUUCAGGAACCGCUCAAGAUGUUUCUUACCCAUAGAUGCGGGUUGAAGUGUGUACCCUGAAAAGGUAUGUUGAAUCUUACCCAGGAGCCUUUGAAUGUGACCCUCUGUGGGGACAGAGUUGUCGUGUAUGUGGCCAGCUCAGGUGAGGUCCUGCCGGAGUCGGGAGGGUCCUGGCCCAUGUGACUGGUGUCCUGUGAUGCACAGGAAGAAGCCAUAUGAGGAUGGAAGCAGAGGUUGGACUGGUGUGUCUACCAGCCAGGGAAUGCCAGAAUUGCCCACUGCACCAGACCUUGCAAGAGGCGCCCAUGGAUCCGCACAGGCUGCAGGUGGUGAUGGCUGAAUGACACACUGACUCUGGUAUUGAGCCUCCACAAUGGUAGCAUAAUAAGUUUCUGUUGUUUUAAGCAACCCAGUGUGUGACACUUUCUUCAGGCAAGCCUAGGAGUCUAACUCACAUUUCAUGUAGGUGGCACUUCUGGGCAUGGGCUGUGGCCUCUGGGCCAGUGGUCAUUCUGAUUAGGUGGGAACACAUCUGGGUAAAUGCUACAUUCAGUCAGACCAUGGGAAUGGGUCUAGUCUGUGUUCCUUGUGGAGGAAUGGAGGCUGGUCUGUGGACCACAACCAAUGAAAAGGGUCAGGGAAAAUGUCUGAGUUGAUCUCAGGGAGCAGGAUGGGUCCCACAGGGGUACAGGUUGGGGGUUGCAUUACUGAAUCCUGGAGGAAGGUUUUGGGCUGCAUGCCAGUUGCUGGGUGUUGUUUUCUCUAUACAAAACAGCAUUAAAGCAGGGGAAUUAUGCUACCUGACUUCAAGCUCUACUACAAAGCCACAGUAAUCAAG